CAUCCUCACAACCGUGGCACGCAUCCCCCUUUUAGUAGAGAGACCAAGAUGAAGAGAGAGAGAGAGAACUCUAGACAAUCCAAAAUUGAAAAGAAGCUUAGCCGAAAGGAAGAUAGAGAAGAAAAACGGGACGCAAGCAGAGUGAGACUCGUGUAGUCAUGACGAGGAAGAUGCGAGAGAGAUUAUGAAAGAUAAAGAGGCCGCGGGGGCGGGUUCGUUGUGAAUACUGUUGGGCGGAAAGAAAACAGACGGUCC